GCAGUUGUUUUGAUCAUGAACAUGCUGGUAGUGGUGCUCGCGUUCCGUUCGGCGGCAUCUCUAAAGGUGAAUCAGUUACGGGCCAAGAAGGAGCGCAUCAAACGGUGGCUGAAGGGGUGGUUCUGCCUCUCCUGUCUGCUGGGCGUCCAGUGGACUGUCGGCUAUCUACUGGUGGAUGGCUCCAACGUCUUCGACUACGUCUUCACGGUGCUGAACUGCUCUCAGGGGAUCCUGAUCUUUGUGUUUCACUGUCUGCUGCGCUCGCGGACGCGCCAGAUCCUGCUGGGCCGCUUCAACACGGCCAAGAGCAGCACCAUGAUGAACAGCGUCUACGGCCAAAUGGUGUUGGCCCAGCAGAAGAGUCAGCAGUGUCGGCAGACGCGCCAGUCACUCGACACCUCCAUCACCACGCUGUCUUCUCAGCCGGCCGGUAUCAGCUCCGACUCCGAGUCAUCUCCGGCCAGCGCGCGGAGCCGCUCGUCUGACGAGUCCGGCUCGAGGAGGCGCUCCCGGCCGACCAGCGGCCGCCAUCUGAGCCGUCAGCGCCAGGCCACCGACGGCCAGCCGACCGCGUUCGAGCCGGAGGAGCCGUGGACGCCGUUGCCGGACAUCUCUGAGGAGGCCGAGCAGACCUCGCGCCGCGCCGGGGCCAGCUACGCACCAGGCUGA